AUGCUCCUCCGAUCAGCCAUCCGACCCUUUGCUGUCCCCUCGAUAGCCAAAUCCGUACCUGUCCCUCGAACACGAGCAUCUCUCCACCGUCCUGUGCUAGUAGCAUUUGGCCUGUCUCUGUCUCUCCCUUUCUUCCAGUCUAGAUCAGUCAUACGGCUUGAUACAUCGCCCGCUGCGGAAUUCAGUACCACUUCAUACAGCCACUCGCGCGAUGCAAAGAAGCCGGUCUUAAAGGAGGGCAAGUUGAGCCCGGCUGCAGUCAAACAAAUAAGUUUCGGAGCAAUCCUGGGUCUGGGUGCUGGUCUACUACUUUCCGCAUUUUCACGGAGCCUUACCUUGUUGAUCGGGCUAGGAAUCAUCGUUUCGCAGUAUGCUGCUCGAAAGGGAUACAAUUUCAUACCCGUGGAUCGGCUACAGCGCACCUUCAAGAACAUCAACCUCCGUAGCGCGAUCAACGACAACCUAGCCUUCAAGUUCAGCUUUGGCCUGAUGUUUGCAUUGUCUGCGUUUGGCGAGUUUUGA